AUGGCGCCUGAUACGGAGAAAUCUGACAGCUACAAUAUCAAAGAUAACGACACACACGAGAUCCACGAUCGAGAGAAUAGCAAUACUCAGCACGUACACCAGCGUGCAAGAGCGGUUUGGGACGAAUCCGCCAUCGACCCGGUGUUGGCGAGGAAGAUGGCACUUGUCAAUACAGCGAUUGAUGAGAUUGGCAUGACGAAAUGGCACUGGAAAUUGUUCUUCUUGAACGGCUUCGGGUAUGCUGUGGACUCGGUACGCUCCACUUCACAGCACGAAAACGCCAAUUUGGUAUUGACUAAAGACUGUAGCUCUUGAUUGUCAUUCAGUCGAUCACACAGAUGGCGGUCACGCAGGAAUUCGGCAAUCCGAAUCCAGCUUUGAAAGGCGUCUCGCUGGCUUCGCAGAUUGGUCUGCUGGUGGGAGCCGCUGCUUGGGGGCUUUCGGCGGACAUUGUCGGGAGGAAAUUCGCUUUCAACAGCAGUCUGUUUCUCGUGUCUGCCUUUGUGCUCAUUGCGGCUGGCAUGACGACUUACAUAUCCUUCUCAGCCAUGUAAGUCUUGGACGAGAGAGUGGGCCAGCGGACUGACAGACUGACUGCAAUGUCAGGGUCGCGAUAUAUUCUGCCGCCGCGGGAGGAGGCUACAUCAUCGACGCGACCAAUUUUCACGAAUUUCUACCGCGCAAAUAUCAAUGGCUCGUCACCUUCCUCGAAAUCUGGGUCCCGAUCGGCUACCUGUUCACCGGCCUCCUAGCCUGGGCAUUCCUGGCAAACUUCAGCUGUCCCACCGACGUCAAACCUCCAAACUGCCAUCGGGCAGACAACAUGGGUUGGCGCUACUUACAUUUCACUUGUGGCGGAGUGGUCCUCUUCUUGUCCUUGAUCCGCAUCUUCGUGCUCAAAAUGGUCCAAACGCCCCGAUGGCUCGUCUCCCAAAAUCGCGAUGAAGAGGUCGUCGAUCAUCUCGCCAGCCUCGCACAGAAAUAUCAUCGUCCCUUCACUCUAUCCAUCCAAGAUCUCCAAGCAGAAGGUCGCGUCCUUCACACUGAUAAAUCCAAGUGGUCCACCGUGCGAGUUCGCAAGCAUCUGUCCGGCCUCUUCGAAACGAAACUUUUAGCCUAUUCUACUUCCCUCCUGAUCCUCAACUGGUUCGUCGUGGGUCUCGUGACACCCUUGUACCAAGUCUUCCUACCAUACUACCUCGCCUCCCGAGGCCACGCCAAAGCAAGCGGACAACACUCCUCCACCGACGAGACCUGGCGCAACUACGCCAUCAACCAAGCCGUCGGUCUCCUGGGUCCCUGUAUAGCAGCCAUACUAGUCGAGACGCCCUACAUCGGCCGCAAAGGAACCCUCGCCAUCGGCGCCCUUGUCACCAUGUCCCUUCAAUUCGGCUACACGCAAAUCACCACCCCGACACAAAACGUCGCAGUUUCCUCGUGUAUCGGUGUCGGUACGAAUAUCUACUACGGUGUCAUAUACGCGUAUACACCCGAGAUAAUGCCUUCCGCGCACCGAGGCACGGGGUAUGGGAUCUGUGCUGUGAUGAAUCGGGUGGGAGGGGUGGUUGGGGUUGUUGUGGGCAGUUAUGCGAAUCCGGAAACGACGGCGCCGAUUUUUGUCUGUGCGGGAUGUUUUGGUGUUUUGGCGGUGUUGAGUUUGAUGUUGCCUUUUGAGAGUAGGGGAAGGGAAAGUGUUUAA